AACUUUUUUAGUACAAAAUUUCAUGGAAUUACCUGGGAGAGUCUUAUGACUUCCAUUUAUAGAAUGUAAAAUACUCCAGAUCCUUUACAGUUGCUUUUAAUUUUUUAAAACUUAUUUACUUUUUGACGGGAAAUAUUUGCAAAAGCAACAAAAUGCAAAAGAUAGAUAAAUUGAAAGUGAGGCCCCAGACACCCAGUCCCCUCCUAGUAGACAACAAUUUUUAUUAGGUUUCUUCUUCUUUGCAUUUUAAAAGCAACAAUCCAUCUCCCCUUUAAUCUGGGAAUCUAGUUUAUUAUUAAUUUGAGAGAAGAACUAACACAGAAAAUAGUGAAUAAUAGUCUGUGAAAAUCAACCUGGAUUAACCAUUUGGGGUCAAGUAUGUCAGACUAAGUAUGUAUUUUGCUGCUGUGAGUUGCGAAUUUGAUCUCAGCUUCACAUACUCCUAGAAAACAUGGCUGGGACUCUUGUCCUGGAGCCAACCUGUGUAGUGGUGGUUUUUUCGAUUACAAUAAUGUUUCCAUUCUCCUUAUUGGCUGUAAGAGCUCUAGGAGUAUUAUCUCCCAGCCAAGACUAGCUAGGAAGGCGGAAAGGUUUCCUCAUCUGCAGUUCACUGUAGCCACAGUGCAAGAAUCUCUCAAGGUCAGAGGAAAAAUUAAUAUUCUGCUUCACCCUAAUAAGCACACUUAUUAAGACAAGAAUUUGACAAAGCCAAUGCACAGAAAGUGCAGCAGUUAUUCUGGGAAGUCGAGGAAAUGUUGUUUGAAGGGAAAGUAAGCCCCCAGACGCAGAAUCUACAGGAUGAAUGCCGUGAGUGGACAAGACGGUCCCUCCAUCUGAGAGUCCUAGGAAGGCAGCUGAUGCCACCAGCCGAGGAAGGGUUCCAGCACUUCCAGGGCCACACGCCUGGUCCCGCGGGCCGCAAACCCUUGUCUGACGCCCGUGAAUAUCGCAGCCGUGUCAGAGAAUUGUGCAUCUCUGGCUCCCAGAUAGUCCCAGCAACACUGUCAGCCUCUGCCCUGCCAGACCUUGAUGGCCCAGGAGUCUCUGACCUAACGGCAUGUUCAUUCCUGGAAGAAGAGGUUUACGACGCAGAUGGAAAGAUUGAAGAGUAUUUUGCUUUUGAUAGAAAAGAAGACGAUGAUGAGUGUCUUGAACAAAAGCCAGCUCACCACGGCCAGAAAUGGCAGAAACACGGACUCCCUCCUGUGUCUCCUCACGACUGUAUCAAAGAUGCAGUGGCAGCAGAAGUGUUUGAUCAUGUCUGGGAAAAUGUGGUAGAAAUUUUGGAAGAGCUGAUUAGAAAAAACUGGGAAACUACGCUCACAGAAGGAAAAAAGCAGAAAGAAAAAUUGAAAGUAGCUGAAAACAAAUCUCCACAUGUGCUCCUUUCCCGUUUGCCCGCUGAUGUAUCAAGUGUCCCCCCGUCCAGAAGUUCUGAAACCCGCAACAUACCUCUGGCUUCCCAUCUUAAUCCACCCCAGAUUCAUCGCUUCUCUAACAAUUUUUAUAGUGAUUUGAACGGCGUGAUGACAAUUCAGGCAAAACCACUUCAGCAGAGACCUGCCUAUUUUGCAGACAAAACACAGAGUGAGCAGCAGGAGGAGAAGGCGCUGGGCGGAGGAGGGGCCAGCACUCUCUCCUCCGCCAGGCACCUGCUGGGACGCCUCUCGGACACUCGGGGACUGCAGACUUCGGCAAAGAAAACGCCGGUGCACAGGAGGCUGCCUUCUCUUGCUUCAGAUGCGCUGAGAAUAAAAACCCCCAAUAUGUACAGUGAUGAAGUUCUCAGGGGAACAAAACUGCAAACUGGCAUAGAACACACGUCUUGCCCACCAGCUCAAACCUCACGCGGCAGGUUACCCCCGAUAGGCUCAGACACCGGGGAGCAGAACACAGCAGUUCCUGGAUCCCGCCCUGUUUCUUGCAGAGGAAGGCAUCCACCAAGCCGUGUGUUCAGUGCAAUGCCUAGCAGUAUAGAACUGUCACCUCUUCGAGAAAGAACUGUAACCCUGGAACAGCUUUCAAGGCCCAACACGACCCACACGUUCCAGUCAGCUACACCUCGAAAAGGCUCAUUGACGCCAGUGGAAUUUGCUGGUCACACAGGGACAGGUCAAAGUAUUUUGCCAGGUUCACAAUAUCUGCCUAAAUCUUUUCAGAGGACAACUUUGGCUUCAAGGAAGAGAUUCCAAGUGGCAUCUUGAAAUUACUUCACCAGAACUACAGCACUUACUGGAGCAUUCAAAGCCUCAGAACACUAUUUAUCACUUGAAAAAUGGGUGAACAAGUAUUAUUCUAUUUAUCUGUUUGUCUGGCAGUGGAGGUGUUAGACUGAGGGAAAUAUGAGCAAAUAAAUUACUUGAUUUUGAACACUU